AUGGAUAUAAAAACAAAUACAGUUUUACUGGCUACUGUCGUCACCGUAAUAUUUAUUUUCAGUCGAAACGUUCGAGUUGUUACAGCAAAGAACUUUCAUCUUGGAGUACUCAUACCAUGGGACGGAUUUUGGGCUGUCGGACCUCAUGUUGCCGGCGCUGUCAACGUUGCCUUAGACGACAUUCUUUCAGACCCACGGUUUGCAGCAAUACAUAACGGCGGGCAUAACAUAACCUACGCCUGGCGAAAUGACGAAUGCACUGCCAGCAUCGGACUAUACGAAACAAUUGACCUAUGGUCAGGAAAGUUCGAUGGUACACCGAUGGACGCAAUGAUUGGAUCUGGAUGUAGUGUGGUAUGCGAACCGACUGGAUUGCUGACAGCGAAAUGGGAAAUACCACAGGUAUCGUGGAAUUGUGCAAGUAGCCUACUCAGUGACAAAGGUUUAUAUCCAACAUUUGCGAGGACCGUCGCACCGUAUACAAAACUAACUGGAUUUUUCAUUACAAUAUUUCAACAUUACAAUUGGGACCACGUGGCCAUAUUGACAUCACAGGAAAACCUCUGGAAGAUCGCUGCUAUGGCAAUGAGAGAUGAGUUUGAAAUGAACAACAUCACGGUGUCGGCCUUCGAAGAGUUCAGUCCCGGCCACGACCAAUUUACCGAAGAUGAUGUAUGGAAACAGCACAGGGCACUGGAGAACGCUGCACAGGUUUCGAGAGUGUUUAUCCUGUGUGUCUACGGUGGUGAUGCAAGAAACCUUGUUCUACAUGCUUAUGACAAAGGGCUUCUGAACGGAAACUACGUAUUUUACAUGAUAGAAAUAUCUACCUUAGAUAUACAGUUUGGUGUAAACACAUGGAUGGGGGACGAUGGUAGAGAUGAUGACGCAAUCAAAGCAUUUGAAGGUGCAAACAAGCUAGAGCCUUAA